CGACCUGUAAUGAUAUACGUGCAUGGCGGACGUCUGGUUGCCGGAGAUAAAGUGUGGUAUAAAGGAUCAUUAUACGCUAAUAUCGGCGAUUACUUCGCAUCCCACGGCAUAAUCACCGUAAUCAUCAACUAUCGACUAGUGCCCGACGUUACAUAUCCCGGAGGCGCCGAAGAUAUCCAGAGGGCUCGAGAGUGGGUUUAUCACAAUAUCUCGAAGGCAGAGUUCGGGGAGGGUGAUCCUGAGAAAGUCGUGUUGGUGGGACAUAGCGCAGGGGGGUUACAUCUCGCCACUAACCUUUAUUUAUACCCCCCGGAGCCAAAGCCAAAGCCACUGAAAUACUCUGUACAACCUGAGUCGUUCAAAGAAACUCCAACAUCCUCACACCCUCCUCCUCCUCCUCCUCCCCCAAUCGCAGGAAUCGUCUUCAUAUCCACCCCCUUCGAAUUCGUCGAUACCGAUACCUUCAGUCCGAUGCCGCCGCAUAACACCCAAUUUCAAACAGCGUUGAAGGCGUAUUACGGGACGCAACACCUCGAUGAGGUGCAUGAGUUGUCACCAAUUGGUUUGAUGAUGGAGAAGAUACCGGAUGAUUCUCCGCUGCUGGAUCCAAGGAAAUUACCGUGUUUGGUUGUUUUGGCGCAGUAUGAUCCACAAGGGAUUCAAGACCCGACAUUCGCGUUUGUCGACGAGUAUCGGAGGAGAAGCCCGCAGGGGGUGUUGCCGGAAUUCGUGGUAUUGGGAGGACAUAAUCAUAUCUCGCAUGUAUGUUCGAUUGGGACGGAGGAUGAUGUACAGGGGAGGAUGUUGCGUGAGUUUAUA